UCACUUCCUGUCCGCUGAGUUCAACACAACAAAAGCACGAUGGCGGCGUCGGGAGGAGAAACCACAGCAGAAGCAGGAAAACUGCUCUUCUCUCUGGACGUCCCGUUCCCGACGUCCCGUGAAGCGGACAUCGCUCUGCACUCUCUGUCUCCGGACCGAGAGCCGAGGAAAGGCGGCAUCAGCAAACGUCUCACAGUGUCCGGCAGCACGUUGUCCGUGAGGUGGAGCGCAGACGAAGCCCGGAUCCUCCGAGUGUCCGUGAACUCGUUUCUGGAUCAUCUGUCGCUCGUGGUGGAGACCAUGGAGAUGUUCGGGCCUCCUGUUUCCCACUGACACAUUACAAACAAACUGUCUGGGACUUUUUUGUUUGUUAUUGGAUCCACUACUGGACUUAUCAUCAGGAUUCAUGAACACAUUUAUAUAAAAGACAUUUGAGCAACUAAACUGUAAAAAUCUGUUAAAUGUUCUUCAUAAAUGGAGUAAAAGGGCAGAUGGUAUAAUUGUGGUCAGUCGUUGAAGUAGUGUUCAUGUUUGUUUCGCCUCCAAAAAUCUACUAUCUGACCAGGAGGGGGCACUGCACAAUCAUGUUAUCCAGUUUCUUUUUCCUUUUAUCACAGGAAAGAAAUCAGAAGUUUGACCACAGUAUUUUAACAUUUGACAGUGAUCAUAAUAAUUGAAUUGUGUCACAUGUUAACCCAGAAGCAAAAGUAUUUAUUUAGUCUGAGACAGAAUAAUACAAGUUUAAAAUGUAACUUCUUGUCACAAUAAAAGCACAGAGUUGCUCUGA